AUGUUUAGGAAAUUUUCAACUACAACCAUUAAGAUGGGUAACAAGCCAUUGAAAGAGACUAAUUUAUUCAAACCAAUCAAGGUCGGUGACAAUACAUUGAAGCAUAGAAUAUCUCAUUUACCAUGCACUAGAUUCAGACCAGAGAAUCAAGUCCCCAGUGAUUUAAUGUUACAAUACUAUGACGAUAGAACUAAAUACCCAGGUACUUUGGUUGCCAUUGAAGCUACCUCAGUAUCUAAUGAAACAGGUAGUGGUAAAGCACCAGGUAUUUAUACAGAUCAACAAGUUCAAGCAUGGAAGAAGAUUGUAGAUAAGGUUCAUGAAAAUGAUUCAUUCAUAAGUGCACAAUUAUGGCACAUGGGUAGAGAAAGUGAUCCAAGAUAUUUACAGAAAAACGGUGCCAAAUUUGGGUCAGCAUCUCCUAUAUAUUGGAGUGAACAAAGUAAGAAGUUGGCCGAAAGAGUAGGAAAUCCUAUUGUUGAAUAUACUCAAGAUGAUAUCCAAGAUAUUAUCAAUCAAUUCGUCAAUGCCACUAAAAACGCCAUGAAAGCCGGUUUUGAUUAUGUGGAACUUCAUCAUGGUAAUGGUUAUAUUUUUGAACAAUUCUUGUUUCCUGCUUCAAACGUUAGAACUGAUAAAUACGGUGGAUCCAUUGAAAAUAGAGCUAGAUUAACUUUAGAAACCUUAGAUAGAUUAUUUGAAAUUAUUCCUGCUUCGAAAAUUGGUAUUAAAAUAGCUCCUUAUAUUAGUAAUCCAGGUUUCUUAGGGUUCAACGAAGAAGUUCAUCCCAUCGUUACUUACGGUUAUUUGUUAUCAGAAUUACAAAAGAGAGCUGAAAAGGGGAACCAAUUGGCUUUCAUUUCAAUCAGUGAUGCUAGAACUGAUGAAGUUGAUUUGAAUCCCGAAUUAAAAUCCAUUGAUUGGAUCAAAAAUAUCUGGAAGGGUGUGAUUAUCAGAGGAGGUAAUUAUUCUUAUGAGACUGGGGAAAUGACAAACAUUUUCAACGAUGUUAAUUAUGAUGACAGAACCAUGAUUGGUUUUGGAAGACAUUUUGUAGCCAACCCUGAUUUAGUCGAGAAAUUAGAGAACGGAUGGGACUUGAAUCAAUAUCAAAGACAAUACUUCUAUACUGGAACCAAUUUAGGGUUCAACACUUAUCCAAAACAUGGAGAAACUUUGGAAUUUGAUGAAACAACCGAGAAGGCAAGAAAACCAAAAGCUUUGGUAUAA